AUGCAACUAAAAGCGCCAAGUAUAAAAUAUAGAACUGAAAAGAAAAGCAGUUCAGUAUCAGUAGAAAAUGUCAACCUAGAUUUUAUUCCUUAUACUUGCCAUUACGAUGAAGAAACUAUAUUAACGAAGCAGGGAGAACUAUUAAAAAUAAUCAAGCUAGAAGACUAUUCUUCUGCUAAUAACUAUAGUGAUCUAAGAACUGAGAUUAGAAAAAGUAUAUCAAGGAAUAUCAAUAAUCAAAACUUUACUGUUUGGAUUCAUACUGUUAGAAAGCAUGAUGCGAUUGAUUUGCAUUGGAAUAAAACUAAAGAUUUUUCUGACCAGUUGCAUUCAAGUUGGUUUAAUAAACUUACUGAUAGUAAAUUACAGUACGUCAAUGAGUUGUAUGUGGUCAUAUUGAUUAGUAACUUUAGUGAGCGUAUCAAGAAUUCGUUGUUUUUUAACCAUAUAAAAAACAAGCGCAAGCUAUCCUUACAUGAAAGGCAUCAAAAGUUACAGAAAGUAGUAAACUUAAUUAAAGGUGAUUUAGAACCCUUUGGCGCUAAAAGCUUAGGUCUAAGGUUUCAUCGGGAUAAAAUAUAUUCUGAAGUGACAGAAUUUCUUCACUAUAUUGUUACAUUAACGCACAAGGAAUAUUCAAUAUCUGAACAUGAUCUAUCACAGCACGUGAGAUAUCUUAAAAUAGCCUUCGGUUUUAACGUAUUUCAAACAGUUUUUGAAGGGCAGCAAAGAUUCGGUGCUAUCUUUAGUAUGAAAGAAUAUCGUGAAAUUCCCUUAAGUAACAUAGAUAGGUGUUUACAACUCGACUCUGAGUUAAUUGUGACAGAAAUCAUGAUAUUCAUUAAUAAAACAACAAAAGAAUUUAAAAAGCAAAUUAAUAUGUUACAGAUUAGUGAGGAUAAUAAUUUACUUAGAAAUUCAGGAAUAGAAGAGAUGCUAAAGCUUGAAGAAGAUACCAAUAUAAAUUUUUGUCAACAAAAAAUCAUUUUUACAUUGCUUGCAGAAAGCAGGGAAAAGUUAUCUAAAAGCAUUAUUGAUUUAUCAUCUACGAUGUCAACUAUUGGCUUGAUGACAUACAGAACAGAUUUGCAUAUGGAAAAUCAUUUCUGGGCACAACUUCCUGGUAAUUUUGCCUUUGUCACGCAACCAAAAAGCAUUUUGAUAAAAUAUGCUUGCAGUUUUGCUAUGUUACAUGAUUUUACAUCAGGAAUGUUAAGAGGAGGUAGGUGGAAAGAAGCAAUAACGGUUUUUUUUUCAAAAAAGGGAAAUCCAUACUUCUUUGAUUUUCAUGGAAGAAAAAAUAAUGGCCAUACUACUAUACUUGGGUCUCAGAAUUCAGGCAGAACUUCACUGAUUAAUUUUUUACUAUCUGAAUCAAGAAAGUUUAAUCCAAGAAUCAUGAUAUUGGAUAAUACCGGAAAAUCAAUAAUUUUCACUAAAGCAGUAGGUG